CAAAGCUUCCCUCUGUGUCACUGAGUCUCUCUGGUGAGAUAGUGGAGGGCAGAUCAGUGACUCUGACCUGUAUCAGUGAGGCUAACCCAGCAGCUACUUAUACCUGGUUCAAGGAGAAAGGCAAUCUAAACCACCUUCUUCCUCGCAAUACAAAAACACAGCUUGUCUUCAGCUCCAUCCAGUCCUCUGACUCUGGAAAGUAUUACUGUGCAGCUGAGAACAAGCUGGGAAUGAGGACAUCUGAACCAGUCUUUAUUAAUGUGAAAUAUGCUCCAAAGCUUCCCUCUGUGUCAGUGAGUCCCUCUGCUGAGAUAGUUGAGGGCAGUUCAGUGACUCUGACCUGCAGCAGUGAUGCUAACCCAGCAGCUACUUAUACCUGGUACAAGAGGAAUGGAAAUCCAAACCUUCAUCCUCUCAGUAAAGAACAAAAGCUUGUCUUCAGGUCCAUUCAGUCCUCUGACUCUGGAGAGUAUUACUGUGUCGCUGAGAAUAAGCUGAAGAGGAAGACAUCUAAAUCAGUCUUCAUUGAUGUGAAAUGUGAGUAAAACACAACUAAUGACAACUUUUUAAAGCUUAAUUAUCCAGUCAAAUAUUUGGGAUUCCAAAAUCUGCAUGGAAGUUCAGGGGAUUCAAACCUUCAGUAAUG